AAACGCGUGGGAAACAUGACCAGGAAACUUCCUCCUCUGCACCUUUGCUUUAUCUCUGCCUCUUGAGAAUCCAAUCUACUCUGCCUCUUUCUUCUCCAAACUCCAGAAACUCUUUCACAUUCUGUCUUGUUAUCUCACAGCUUUCAAUGGUGAUCAUUGAAGAAGCCUCUCAUCCAUGGACAUACCAUGUCUUUCUGAGUUUUAGAGGUGAGGAUACACGCAACAAUUUCACAAGCCAUCUAUGCAGCGCUUUGCGUCAGAAUGGAAUCGACACCUUCAUGGAUGAUCAGCUCAAACGAGGAGAAGAAAUAUCACCAGCACUUCUCCAAGCAAUCAAAGAGUCGAAGAUUUCAAUCAUUGUGUUCUCUAAAGACUAUGCAUCCUCCAAGUGGUGCUUGGAUGAGCUUGUCAAGAUCCUCGAGUGCAAGAAAUCAAAUCAACAAGAGGUUCAUCCAGUUUUCUACAAAGUCGAUCCCUCUGAUAUACGAAAUCACAGAGGUAGCUUUGGGGAGGCACUUGCUAAUCAUGAAUGCAAAUUCAAGGUUAACGUGGAGAAUGUCCAGAUAUGGAAGGCAGCUCUUAAAGAAGCGGCAAAUUUGUCAGGGUGGACUCUCUCAGAGCAUUGUUCUGAAUCCAGUGUGAUUCAUAAAAUCGUUGAAGAGAUUUCAGAGCAAGUCAUAAACAGUACAUAUUUGGAUGUGGCCAAGUACCCAGUAGGAAUAGAACCUCGUGUGCAAGAGAUCCAUAACCUUUUAGGUGUCAGGGGAAGAGAUGUUCAUAUGGUAGGGAUAUGGGGGGCUGGUGGAAUAGGCAAGACAGCAAUUGCCAAAGCUGUCUAUAACUCAAUUGCUCAUAAAUUUGCGGGGAGUUGUUUUUUAGAAAAUGUUAGAGAAAACUCGAAGGGUGGAGGCCUCGUCAAACUACAAAAGAAACUUCUUUGUGAGAUUCUGAAGGGAACAAAAUUGAAGGUGACCAAUGUAGCACGAGGAAUCACUAUGAUUAAGGAAAGGUUGCAAUACAAAAGUGUUCUCUUAGUUCUUGAUGAUGUGCAUGGCAUGGAUCAGUUAGACAACUUAGCUGGUCAAUAUAGUUGGUUUGGAAUGGGUAGUAGAAUCAUUAUAACAACACGGGAUAAGCAAUUGCUGAGACGUCAUAGUGUUAAUUUAAUAUAUGAGGUCCAGAAUUUGGAUCAUCAUGAAGCUCUCGAGCUUUUCAGUAUGAAUGCCUUUAAAAGAAGUCGACCUUUGGAUGCUUAUGUAGAACUCACAGAACGUGCAAUACGCUAUGCUCAAGGCCUUCCAUUAGCUUUGACUGUUUUAGGUUCUUCUCUAUGCAAUGAAAAUGUAGAGCUAUGGGAAGCUGUGUUAGGUGGUUUCAAAAGCAGCGAAAUUCAAGAUGUUUUAAAAAUAAGCUACAAUGGAUUGGAUCAUAGACUGAAGGAAGCUUUUCUUGACAUUGCAUGUUUCUUUAAAGGUGAAAAUAGAGAACAAGUGAUAAAAAUAUUAGAAGCUUGUGGCAGCAAACGGCAUGUUAUUAAUGUGCUCAUAGAAAAGGCCCUCAUCAGUAUUGAUAGUAAUGAUUGCAUUUGGAUGCAUGACUUGGUAGAACAAAUGGGUAGAGAUAUAGUUCAUGAAUUGUCACCCAAUGACCCUGGAAACCGAAGCAGGUUGUGGUUUCAUGAAGAUGUUUACCGUGUUCUAACAGAGAAUAUUGGAACAACCAAUGUUAUAGGCAUCAAGGUGGAGCUGCCUGAAGAUUCAGAUGUGAUAUGUUUAAGUGGUACCACCUUCUCCAACAUGGGAAAUCUUAGACUUUUCAUACACCGUGCUGGACGUUAUUAUGGAGUUGUUGAUCAUCUGCCAAAUAGCUUGAGGGUGGUUGAUUGGCCUAACUAUCCCUUACAAUUUUUGCCAUCCAAUUUAAUUCCAAGAGAACUUGCUCUAAUCAAUAUGCCUAGGAGUCGCAUCACAGUUUUCGGAGAUGGAUACAAGAAUCUGAUAAAUCUGACAUCAAUAAAUCUAAGAGGUUGUCAAUACCUAAUAAAAGUAUCAGACUUAUCAGGAAGCACAAACUUACAACGCUUGAAUCUAGAUGAGUGUGAAAAUUUAGUUGAAGUGCAUUGUUCUGUUGGAUUCCUCGAUAAACUUAAUGAUUUGAGUCUUUGGAAGUGUCGUAGGCUUAAGACUUUUCUAACGGAAGUUAGUUGGAAAUCCAUGAGGAAGCUUCGGCUUCCCUUUUGUAAAAGGCUCAAGAGUUUCAUAAACAUUGUGCACAGGAUGGAGUCCAUUACAUAUUUGACUCUAAGGGAAAGUGGCAUAAAAGAACUGCAGUCAUGGAUUGGAUGUUGCACUUCCUUGGAAGUUUUGUACUUGGAUGGAACUCCAAUCAAACAACUGCCUUCAACAAUUGAAAAUCUUACUUCUUUAAGAGUAUUGGGGUUGUCUGAAACUCCGCUUACAGAAUUGCCUUCAUCGAUUGGAUGUCUCACUUCCUUGGUGGAAUUGGACGCGCGUCAAACUCUCAUUGAAGAAUUGCCUUCAUCAAUUGGAAAUCUCACAUCUUUAAGAGAACUGAAGCUUUCUAAAACUCCCAUUAAAAGAUUGCCAUCAUCGAUUGGGUAUCUCACUACCUUGGAGGAAUUGUUGGAUGUGUCUGAAACUCUCAUUGAAAAAUUGCCUUCAUCAAUUGGAAAUCUCACUUCUUUAAGAGAACUGAAGCUAUCUAAAACUCCCAUUAAAGCAUUGCCAUCAUCAAUUGGGGAUCUCAGUUCCUUGAUCCGAUUGAAUGCGUCUGAAACUCUCAUAGAAGAAUUGCCUUUGUCAAUUGGAAAUCUCAAUCGCCUUCAAUAUUUAUCACUAAGAGGAUGUGCAAACCUUACAAAUGUGCCGCACAGUGUUUACGGAGGGCUGCAACAUCUAGGAGAACUAGACCUCUCUUGGUGCCCAAAACUGGUGACAUUUCCAAGUAGGGUGAGCGGUUCGGUUUCAUCAAGUGCAGAAUCUCUUCCUUUGAUGCUUUCAACUAAUUCAAACAAUGGGCAUCAUCAUCCUGGUUCAUUAUUGUUUCCCCAGCUACGGGGUCUACGUUUUAAAGGAUGCAAAUUAUCAGUCUCUGAUUUCCUAACGAAUCUUGACUGUGUGUACACAUUAUUCGGACUUAAUCUAUCAGGAAGCAGUUUUGAUAGUCUUCCGGCAUGCAUCAGCAACUUUCAUCAGUUGCUAUAUCUUGAUUUAAGUAGUUGCAAGAGGCUUCGAGACAUUUCAGAACUUCCACCAAAUAUAUACGAUAUAAAACUGGAUGAUUGCGUAUCAUUGGAAAGAUUUUCAAAAUUGUCAAAUAUACUGGAACAGAAAGACACUCCAGGAAGUCUUCAAAGAAUGAAGUUGUCUAAUUGCAAUAGACUGAUGGAUAAUCUUGGCAUGGACAUGGUGUCGAAGAUGGCAAAAGCAUUACCAUAUCAGCUGGUGCAUGCCGGCUUAGAUCGGCAUGUGAAGUGCUGGAAUCUUAUGCUUCCAAGCCUCCCGGAAAUUGAAGUUCCAAAGUGGUUCGAUAGGGGUGAGAUGGACACAAGUGUGCUUCCUGGUCAUGAAACUCGUGAUAUAUAUGAAAUUUUGAUAAAAAUCCCUACGAAUCUGAAGGCUGAGAGAAUAGGAUUGGUUGUCUGUGUUGUUUUUGAAAUUACCAAAGAUUUUUCCCAGGAUUCUAAUAGUUGUUUUGUGACGGUUGUGAUUGAUAAAAAAGAGUAUAUUGACAAUGCUAGGCACUAUUUUGAAUCAAAAGGGAGAGAGUCAUCAGCUCAUGAUCAUGUAUAUGUGUGUCUGACAUGUAUUGCUUUCAAGGAGCUAGAGGUGGUGGAUCCUGUGGUGCGAGUGAUUUUUCAAGUGAAUCGCUUAGGUGCCAAAGGGUUGCUCCUAAAAAGUUUCGGGGUCCACCUGGCUAGUAUGAAAGAUGAUCAUGUAAGUGGUGAAGACUUGGCACGAGAAAGAUAUAGGCAGAGCAUUUCUGAUCAGGUGGCUUUGGACGCAGAAGGGGCAACUGUAGCAUCAUUAGUAUCAGAUGACACCAAUUCCUGGGAAGUGCACGAUGAUCAUCAUGAUGGGGAACAAGAUCAAGAACAAGAACUGGAACCUCUUCUUCCAACCAAAAGAUUUAAAGACUCGGCAAGACAAACAAAUGUAGGCAGAUCAAUGUUAGCAUUUCUGAGGUGCUUUGGAAGUACCACCUGCUAGUAUCAUCAAAAAACACCAGCCGAGGCCUUGAAGUACACUAUGAUCAUUAUAGUUGGAUUUCAGAAGAAGCUUUUCUUUUGCCAAAGUCGAUCUCAAAAGAUGGCAGUUGUUGGUGAGAGGCAGAGACACCAAUUAAUCUGGACUCAUGUGAUGGUAAACUCCGGAUCAAUCCACACGAACAAGGCUGGGUUUGUUCUUCAAUUCGUGUUUGCUCAUUGGUUGUCUGGCUUUUUAUUUAUUUUUUAUUUUUAACUCUGGGCCUUUAAUUGGUAUAGUUUGCUGGCUUUUAGCUUUUUAGUGCCCACUGUUUAUCACAAGUGCAUGAGAGUGAUAUAAUGCUAUAUAUCGUCAAACACUGAUAAGUUCGUUAUAAACAACGCAUGCAUAAGGACUACUGACUGAAUUAAGAAAAUAGGAUGCCAUGCCUAUUCUUCCUAGCAUUAUUAAUAGUCCUAACUGACUUGUAGUUUUACAUCUUUCACUGUUACACAGUCACGAACAACUAAUUAAACAUAGUAAGCUUAAUCAUAGUUAAGCAUACUAUACUGUAACUUCCCCCCUCAACAUUUCGGUAGAGGACCUAGCUGCAAGUUGGCAAUAAGAGAAUAAAAGUGAGAGCAGGGCAAGCCCGUAGUAGAGACAUCUGCAAGGUGCUUUGCACUGGAAAGAUAGGAGUAAAUCCUAUAGCUCAAUUCAUGGUAUUUCUAACCGCAGGCAUAGGAACCAGCUAUCAAGUACCUUUGACUGCACUUAAUCAUAGCCUGCUUUCAUUCUAAUUAUGAGAAGCUUCGAAGAGGAAAUAAGAGUGUUAGAAGGGGAUAUUAGCUAGCUUUAGUGAUUAGUUGAAGAACUGUUGAAAAUAAUAGCAUGUUGUGCAAGAACUUGGGUGACCAACAAGAGUGAAUCAGUUUGAAUAUGAAUGAGCUGAAGACUGAGGAUGAACUAUGUCCUCUUUACACGUGCUCAUGCGCGCAGCAUAGUUUCCCACUACUGUACUUGAAUAAGCAUAAUUGCUAGGUUGAGUUUUUUUUUUCGAAAAAGGUGACGUGUUAUGAACCAUGCUUAAGACAGAGUUGACAUGAGACAGUAAUGGAUGAACCAUGAUUAUUAAAACAAAUGAACCAUGAUUAUUGAAACCACCUUUUAUUCUUGAAGCUACCAUUAUAGGGUCCUGCCAGUGUCUAAUCAUCAGCAAUUGUGCCUCUAUUGUAAAAGUAGCCAUCACCAUACUAAUUUCUGCCUCUUUCUCUUCAAUUUGAGGAUUUUAAGUUGCGUGUUAUUACUGAAGUUGUAAUGUUAAUGGAGGAGAUAUUUUUGGCAAUCUCCUGCAGACAGAGGAGAAAGCUGCAAUGUUGUGGCAGCCUGAUCAACUGUUUUGAUAGCGUUUUCAUCAGUGAUAUAGACUAUAGUACUCUGAUAUAUCCUUUGCAGAUUUUGAAUUAAUUCUAUGUCGAAGAGCCAUAUCGUCUCUUCCUAAUUGUGGGCUUGUGGUCUGAUAAGUCAAAAGGAACAAAGGGAUUUUGGGUUUUCUGAUUAUAUUCUUCUUCUCCAAGAAUGGAGCAUAUAUACA